AUUGUACAAAUCGUCGUUGACUGUCCAAAAAAAUUAUGGAAAAUACAAUUGCAGGUUGCGGUCCUGGCCGACGCGAAUGUCCCGGAGAUCAAGGCGAUCGAGGACUACGACACGGUUGCGGUGACCAUGCACUUCCCGUCAGGGACCGUCGGCUUGAUCGAUUUGUCGCGAAAUAGCUCGUACGGAUACGAUCAACGACUGGAGGCCUUCGGUCCGAAGGGUAUGGUGCAAGCCAACAACGAGCAGCCGAACUCCGUUCAGCGGCAGUAUGACCUGCAGGGGCCGACCACCGCCCCGAUCUGGUUCUCGUUUGCUAGUCGUUUCAUGAACGGCUAUCGAAGAGCGUUCGAUCACUUCAUCGAUGUGGUGCACGGUAAGGCUGAGUCGCUGGUCAAGUCAAAGGAAAUCCUGGCAGUGAGUAAGAUCGCUACGGCCUGCGAGGAGUCCGUUAGCACGGGGAAAAUCGUGAAUCUCAAGUGGACGGACAGCGAGUUGCCUGAUAAUUAAUGAGGAAACAUGACUUCAACAAAAGUGUUAUUGUCAGCAAAUAUUUUUUGGUACCGUUUUUUGUAAGUUACAAAUAAAGCAAAUUGCCUGAUUAUCGCGUAUAAAAAAAACAGUAAGACAUAAAUAAAUGUUAUUACCGUCUUUAAAUGAAUACUUAAAUGAUACUUUUCUAAAUGAA